AUGAAGAGUGAGAAUAUGGGUAAUACCAUAUUUUAUUAUUCCUGUUAUGUUAUUAUAGUUCUUACUAUAAUAUUGUCUAAGUUUGUUGUAAUCCCUUUGAUGGCUCAAAUGUUUUUGUAUACAUUCAUAACAAUAUAUAUUGGAAGUCAUGAUAGCUUGAAACAAUUAGAAGUUGAUGAUAAAACCAAAAAGUCAGACAACAUUACUGCUUAUGAUGCUAUGAUGUUUCCAGUAAUUGGAUCUGCAGCUUUGCUUACAUUAUAUUUUGCAUAUAAGUUCUUAGAUCCAUUCUAUGUGAAUUUAUUAUUGACUCUUUACCUUACCUUGGCGGGUGUAUUUUCCUUACAGGGUGUAUUUACAACCAUAUUGGAACCUCUUUUUCCAAACUUUUUUAAAAAAGAUGAAUAUGUCAAAACUUUCAAAUUACCAAAUUUUAUAUAUAAAGAACCUAUUGUAUUCAAUACUAAUAAAGGAGAAAUAGUUUUCUUAAUAAUUAGCUUUGCAAUAGGAUUACGUUGGAUAUUUUAUAAAGACUUUAUUACACAUAACGUUUUGGCAGUUUCUUUUUGUUUUCAAGCCAUAUCGUUGGUAAUUCUUAGCAACUUUUUAAUAGGAUUCUUAUUAUUAUCUGGUUUGUUUGUAUAUGAUAUUUUCUGGGUUUUUGGAAACGAUGUCAUGGUUACAGUUGCCAAGUCUUUUGAAGCACCUGUAAAAUUGUUAUUUCCAGUUUCAACAGAUCCAGUACAUUAUAGUAUGCUUGGUUUAGGAGAUAUUAUUAUACCAGGAAUAUUGAUGUCUUUAUGUUUACGUUUUGAUUAUUAUUUAUUUAAAAAUCAGAUACAUAAAGGAAACUUUAAGAAAAUGUUUAAUGAUAUAUCUAUACAUGAAUCUUUCAAGAAAUAUUAUUUCUAUACAAUCAUAAUAUUUUAUGAAUUAGGUUUAGUUGUUACAUAUUGUAUGCUCUUUUAUUUUGAACAUCCUCAACCAGCUCUUCUUUAUUUAGUACCAGCUUGUAUACUUGCCAUAUUACUUUGUUCUCUAUGUAAAAGGGAAUUUAAGUUAAUGAUAAAAUAUCAAGAAAUUACAGACAAAUCAAAUACUGUAGAUGAUGCAAGUAAGAAUAAAAAAAAAGAUAAAGAAGAAAUGCCCAAAAUUCAAGAACCCGCAGUUUCAACAGCAAAAAAAAGAAUUACCAAUAAAUAA